AUGUUGGUGAAAAAUCUUGUCCUCACCUCUUUGACCUUGGCUUCGUCCGUGUUGGGACAUUCCUUGCCAGGCAGAGACUCUCUUCUGUUGCAAUUGGCUGCUAGAGCCACAAACCCAAUUGAUUCCGUAUACAACGACUUGGGUGAUACUGAAAUCGAUUGGAUCAACGACAACUUGAAGCCUUUGACGGCGUUCAAUGGAACCAAGUGUGACGCUUGUAAAAACAAGCUCAAAUACGGUCAACAAUUGAUCCUCGACAACCCAGACAAGAAGCACUUAGUUUCGUUGCUUUUGUUCAAGUACUGUUUGUUCCAGAACAACGGGACUGAAUCCAAGUGCGACAACCUUGAGUUCUUUGUCACCACCAACUCCAAGAACUUCGAAGCUUUCACCGAUAACUACGACUCUGGUGUUGUCUCUGGUACCACUAUCAACUUCUACGACAACGAUUUACUUCAUGUUCUCCAGCUCUUGAACACCUCCUCCGACUUGGACCUUUCUUACUACUGUGCCUACAAGUCCGGCGGUUGCAAAGUCCCAGAAACUCCCGAUGUCGAAGAAUUGUACGGAAUCUCGUCGUGGUGGCCUGAAAAGCAAGAUAUCCAUAAGUCCGAGCCACAAUACGCUAACAAUUCCGAAAUAUUCAAUGUCUUGCAUGUCACCGAUUUGCAUAUCCAAUUGAGAUACAAGUUGGGUACUGAAUCCAACUGUUCUGUUACCCCAUGUUGUUUACCUGAGUCCUUCAACAAGGAAGUAUUGCCAGGUAAAGACUAUAACUUUACUGACUACUACAAGUCGUUGGACCCAUCCUUGGGUGACGACAUUCGUUUGUCAUUCUACCCAGACGCCCACUACGAUGACGCUGAUAACUACGUUGCUGGUGAAUAUUAUGACUUCCCUAAACACAGGGGCUGGAACUUCAACACAGUCCCAGCUGGUACCUUCGGUGCUUACCAAUGUGAUUCCCCAGAAAUCUUGUUGAACAACUCCUUCAAGUACAUCAGCCAAGCCCAUGCUGACAAGAACUUCGAAUUUACUGUUUUCACUGGUGAUUUAGUUGACCACGAUGUCGCUCACUGUGACCCUGAAACCACUAAGACUGCUGAAAUCAAAUCUUUCAACAUUAUGAAGCACUACUUGAAGAAUAUUCCAGUGUUCCCAUCUUUGGGUAACCACGACACAUUCCCAUACGGCCAAGUUUCUCCAAUCAAGUAUGACUUCAACAACUCCUACGACUGGAAUACUGAUUUGAUGAGUGAAUUGUGGGUUAACAACGCCUGGUUGCCAGAGGAACUGACUCAACAAAUCAAGACUCACUACAGUGGUUUCUCCUACGUCACUGAUAGAGGCUUGAAGGUUAUCUCCUUGAACUCCAACUGUUACUAUCAAAAGAACUUGUGGUCUUAUAUUGACAUUUCCACGAACCCAGAUUUGUUCGGUCAAUGGGAAUUCUUGGUCAAUGAAUUGAUUGAAUCGGAAAAGAUCGGCCAAAGAGUCUGGAUCAUGGCUCACAUUCCAGUUACUGACUACGACACCUUACCACUUCAAUCUAGAAUCUUCGGUAAGAUUGUUGAAAGAUUCUCCCCAUACACUAUUGCUAACAUCUUCUACGGCCACACUCAUCAGGAUCAAUUCCAUAUUCUCUACUCUUCUGACUCAGCCGAAGACGCUUCUAAUAUUGUCAAUAUGGCUUGGGUUGCCCAAUCUAUUACUCCAUUGGGUGGUAGUUAUAAUCCAUCGUGGAGAUACUACGAAGUUGAAAACGAAAGUUUCAACAUUAUCAACUCAUUCAACUAUUUCACCAGAUUAAACGAAACUUUCGUCAACGGUGGUGGUGAACCAGCUUGGCAAUUUGAGUAUUCAGCCAGAGACACGUUUGAUCCUAAUGGAGAAUGGCCAGUUAGAGCUCCACUUAAUGCUACCUUCUGGGACAAGUUCGUCGUACAAAACUUGAAGAACGAAUCUAACAUCGAGUUCAACCAAUUGUACACUGAUAUCCAAUACAGAUAUGGUCCUGAGGUUCCAGUCUGCAAGAAUGGAACCGUUGUCUCUGACGACUGUUACAACGAAAACUACUGUAUCGUCGCUAACUUCUACUCUGAUGACUACAACGAUUGUCUUAGAUAA